AUGGACAUUCCAGCCAAGGUUUCUAAGCAAGCACUCCAAGUCCGGCACGCAGUCGACUUAGAAAGAGCAUUGGAAGCGAAGGAGACACACGAGAGGAUGCUUAAAUGCGUAAUUAUUUUUUCAUUGAAUGAACAGUCCAUGUUACAAGUUUUCGUGGCGCAAGACACGAGCUUGAAUAAUUGUACAAUCAUGAAUUCUACUUCUAUACAACGAAUGGCAUGUGACAGGCUUCGCAUAUUAUACGUAUACACAUCACCUUCCACAUGGCCGGUUGUCGAUUUUCGGUUACCUGUGUCAGAAGAUAGUGAAUAA